AUGAUGGAAUACCCAGAUCUUGCUGUAGUGGGUGGCCCCGUUGACACCCUGCUGGCUGAGGCAUCUGGCGCCCAACGUGCGACUCGACCCUUGCCUCGUCGGGAGUUGAACGUCCUUCUCCAGGAAAGUCCAGACGUCUGGUGGAGAUUUAAAGCGAUCACCCGUCGAGACCACCCGACUCGGCGUCCUGGUGAUCUGGGGGAAAGCGAGAAGGACGAGGGUCUUGAUCCGGCCCCCCUUAACGCUGGCGAUGAGGCCAGUCUAAAAAAGGAGGCUGCCAACUUGACCCCCUUAACCUCCCUCCCACAAAAGCCACCCCCAACAAAGAUAACAUAUAAUCUUACUCAGCCCCCUCCUUAUUAUGCCUCCCUCACUGCCCCCUUCUGUGCCCCAGUCAUUAAGGCCCCUGCAGGUUCACUGCCAGUGCUCCCAAUGCCGACCCCCGAUGAUCCAGAAAUCCCCCCUAAUCUCAUAACAGAGUUACAGUGCCUACAGGGCACACUUCCGGCCCGUAGACAACACCUGGCCCUUCUAAAGGAAUUAUGCUCCCUUGAUCAGGAGCUCUCUGACCUCGCCCUGGGCGCUCCAAAUUCUUGGCCACCGCCCAUCCCCUCGCUUAAAAAACCUCGGCCACAGCCAGUUCAAGCCACUUUUCCACCCAGCUUAUUGGCCCAGAUUCAGGUUGCUGGCCUUCGAGCCUGGAAGCGGCUUCCCCCAAAAGGCUCUGCUACCACCUCAUUGGCCAAGUUGCAUCAAGGACCAGAUGAGCCCUAUAGUGAUUUUAUAUCUCGUCUAAAUGACGCUGCUGAGCGCCUCCUGGGCUUAGGAGAAAGUGAGAGUACAUUUGUUAAACACCUCGCCUUUGAAAAUGCAAACUCAGCCUGUCAGGAGGUCCUUCGCCCCUACAGAGAUAGGGCUCCCCUUUCUGAAUACAUCCGCCUUUGUGCGGGAGUUGGCUCUGCCCACGCCAUCAGUCUGGCUAUUGGGAGUGCUCCAUGGGGCUUCGAAGGCCACUCCCCAACUGUCUGCUCCCUCCAACGGGAAACUCCAGGCAGCGCAGGACUGGACCUCUGUGCCACCACCAACACAAUACUAGAUCCAUUACAGGGCCCCCAGGUCAUCCCUACUGGGAUUUGGGGCCCCCUGGCCCCAGAUACCCAUGCCCUUAUCCUUGGCUGUGCCUUGUCCACCUUAAAAGGUGUCCAGAUCUACCCCGGAAUUAUUGAUAAUGACUAUACAGGAGAGAUUAAGAUUUUGGCCUUUGCACUCCAGGGUCUUGGUGCCAACUCCCGUGGCACCUGCCUUGCUUGCCUGGUUACUUUCCCUGCGCUUUUCUCUGACAACCCCAUUCAGUCCACCCAGCCCCGAGGAGCUGCUCAGAUUGGCUCAUCAGAGGCUUAUUGGGUUCAGCCUAUUUCUCACUCUCAACCCACACUUACCCUUAAACUAGAUGGUAAAAAAUUCCAGGGGAUUUUGGAUACUGGCGCUGAUGCCACUGUAAUCUCCCAAGACCAUUGGCCCACCUCUUGGCCCCUUACGCCCUCCCUCACAGACCUCAAGGGCAUAGGUCAAUACAGUAACACCCUCCAAUCCUCUAAAGUCCUGGCCUGGACAGAUGAAGAGGGUAAUCAGGGUACUGUCACCCCCUUUGUGGUCCCUGGGCUCCCUGUCAACCUUUGGGGUUGAGAUAUUCUCUCCCAAAUGAAGGUCAUCCUCUGUAGCCCAAAUGAGGUGGUUACCCAACAAAUGUUACGCAUGGGCUUCAUCCCAGGAAAGGGUCUCAGUAAACUUCAACAGGGCCAAACCCAACCCGUCACUUCCACUAAUAAAACAGAUAGACUCGGUCUUGGCUUUGAGGAUAAAAUCACUUGGCUUACCCAAGAACCUGUAUGGGUAGACCAGUGGCCUCUGCCACAAGAAAAACUACAGGAGGCAGAGAUGUUGGUGUAGGAACAGCUCGCUGCCGGUCAUAUUGAACCAUCCAGUUCCCCCUGGAAUACGCCCAUCUUUGUCAUAAAGAAAAAAUCUGGAAGAUGGAGACUCCUCCAAGACCUGCGAGCCAUUAAUAAGGUUAUGCAGCCCAUGGGCGCCCUCCAACCAGGCAUGCCCUCACCCAUCACCAUUCCGGAGGCCUAUCAUAAAAUGGUUAUUGAUUUAAAAGAUUGCUUCUUUACCAUUCCCCUACACCCUGAUGAUCGAGCUUAUUUUGCCUUUAGCCUCCCUCGGGUUAAUUUUCAGGGCCCCAUGCUCCAUUUUCAUUUGUGUGUCUUACCCCAGGGGAUGGCAAAUAGCCCGACUCUCUGCCAAAAGUUCGUGUCCCAGGCAGUCGAUCCCAUACGCCAAAAAUGGCCCUUUACUUAUAUCUUGCAUUACACGGAUGACCUUCUUUUGGCCGCCCCUAGCUCCUCCAUUCUAGAAGCAACUUUCCAAGAUCUGUCACAGGCUCUUUGUGCUGCUGGCUUACAGCUUGCCCCUGAUAAGAUCCAGUGCUCUGAGCCCUUCAGUUAUCUGGGACUUGAAUUACAUGCCAAUCGAGUCUUGGUCCCGCGCAUCCAGCUGCGCACAGAUAACCUUACCACCCUUAAUGAUUUUCAAGAACUUCUUGGGGACAUUCAAUGGCUUUGGCCAUACCUAAAACUCCCUACUGCUGAUCUUCUACCCCUCUAUGACAUUCUUCGGGGCCCCAGCGAGCCCACCUCCCCCCCAUCAUUGACCCCAGCUGCUCACAAGGCUCUAUCUUUAAUCACCAAGGCCAUUUCCUCCCAAGCCUCUUUUCAGAUUGAUUAUUCCCUCCCGCUGGUUUUUGUUGUCUUAUCCACUCCCCAUGUGCCCACAGGGGUCCUUUGGCAGAGUUCCCCUUCUACCUUAAGGGCCCAGGAUAAACUUAAGGGUCAUUCCCUCUUAUGGAUUCACAUGCCUGCCAGUCAUACUAAGGUCAUUUCCACCUAUCCCCAACUUGUUUCUUUCCUAAUCAUGCGUGGCCGCCAGACCUCACGUCAGAUUUUUGGUAAGGACCCUGAUUCCAUCUUAACCCCCUACACCCGCGAACAAACUCGAUUUUUGUUUCAGACACUGGAUUGUUGGGGUGUUGCCUUUUCAGGGUUCCUGGGCCUUCUUGACAAUCACCUUCCUGAUGACCCAGUCCUUCAUUUUGCAUCCACUCAUCCCUUUAUUUUCCCAAAAGUCAUUUCCCCUAGCCCCUUGCCUGAGGCCCCAACCAUUUUUACAGAUGGGUCAGCCAAUGGCACUGCGGCUUAUGCCUUUCAAGGUCACUCGUUUCCCUUCCCUUCACCCUUUCGUUCAGCUCAGCUGGUUGAACUUUUUGCUGUUUUACAGAGAACGCUGCCAUGCUGUUUUCAUUGGCCACAUUCAUGCUCACGGGGAGCUUCCUGGACCCCUCACGGAGGAAAUGCUUUGGCAGAUAAAGCCACUCGACAGGUUUUUCCAGUGCUGCAGGAGCCCAUCCUGUUGGCUUCUCACGCCCACCGCCUCCACCAUCGUAAUGCCAAAACCCUUCGAUUAAAGUUCAAAAUCACAAAAGAACAAACUAUUACUAGAGACAUAGUAAAACAAUGCCCUUCUUGUGUAGUUUCCCAUCCUGUCCCCCAUGUUGGAGUUAAUCCCCGAGGGCUCUUGCCUAAUAUGAUCUGGCAAAUGGAUGUUACACAUGUUCCCGACUUUGGUACAAAAUAUCUCCAUGUUUCUGUUGAUACAUUCAGCGGUUUUAUUUUUGCCUCCCCUCAUACUGGUGAGGCCAUCAAGGAUGUUAUUGCUCACCUCCUGGUCUGCUUUUCUACUUUGGGUGUCCCAAAACACAUAAAAAUGGACAAUGGCCUGGCCUACACCAGUGGAGGACUUAAACAGUUCCUCCAACAAUUUGAGAUCUCUCACACUGUUGGUAUUCCUUAUAACCCUCAAGGUCAGGGCAUUGUAGAAUGAGCCCACCAGACCUUAAAAACAUGGCUCUCUCGAUUAAAGAUGACCGAGCUUCUUUGUCUCCCCCCAGACUGCCUGUGCCAUGCUCUCUUUGUCCUUAACUUCCUCACCCUGGAUGGUGAAGGUCGAUCAGUGGCUGACCGUCAUUGGCACCCCUCAGCAGAUGCCAGUCACCCUUUGGCCAUGUGGCGAGACCCCCUUACAGGCGUUUGGAAUGGUCCAGAUCCUGUACUUAUCUGGGGCCAUGGCUCUGCUUGCAUCCUUGAUCAGGCACAUGAUGCCCCACGCUGGCUCCCUGAGCGCCUGGUCCGAUCUGUAAAUUUACCUAACAUUCCCAGGGGACAGGCUGCUCCCCCUGAGGACUCUCCUUCUCUUUCAGAUGCUAAAGUGCUGAAGGAGCGACAGGAUGUCAUCUGGCAAACCUCCCUAGUCACGCCUGGCCCUUGGUGGCCAGACCUGUUUCUGGACCUCUGUAAGCUCGCAUCAGGCUCUACGGCCCUUUGGGGUCUAGAAAACGACUCCCCGCCUCCCCACACACUGCCUAACCGCCCCCUACAGGCCCAUGCCCCGCCUGGAUGUAGUAACGCCUUCCAUCGCUCCCGCCUCAUUAGGCCCACCCUCUAUGUCUGCCCUGGUUACCAUCGUCCCCGCUUGAGUCAUUACACCUGUGGUGGUCGCCCUGAGCGCCAUUGCAAGGCCUGGGGCUGUGAAACCACUGGUGAUACAUACUGGGGCCCUUCCUUGUCCUGGGACCUUAUAAUUGUUAGGGCCAAUUACUCCACCCUAAGAAUCCCUGGACUAUUAGACCUGAGUGCAUUAAUUCAUGGUGUCAUCCUCUUAGGAUCCGAUUUACUGACCCCAGAAAGAAGGCUACCAAUUGGGAGCAGGGCUAUGAAUGGGGCCUCUUACUCUACCAAGAUGGCCAUAAUUCAGGAGCACCAGGGAGCCACCAUCCCACAAAACCUUUCUCACCAAGAUGCAGUUGAAGCAGAAUGUGCAGAGAAUGUCCAGUCAGCUACAGCAAAUGACCAUUGA